AUAAUGGCAGCCUUGGCCCAGACAAAGGAAUUGUUCCGAAAUGCCAAUGCCGUAUGUUUUGAUGUGGACAGUACUGUUAUUAAAGAGGAGGGAAUUGAUGAGCUGGCAAAAUUCUGCGGUGUCGGGGAUGCUGUGGCAGAAAUGACACGCCAGGCCAUGGGAGGGUCAGUGUCAUUCAGAGCUGCCCUCUCUGAGAGGCUGUCAAUCAUCCGCUGUUCCCGAGAGCAAGUGAAGAAGCUUAUCACAGACCACCCUCCUCAGCUCACCCCGGGGAUCAAGGAGCUUGUUGACCGGCUGCACCAGAGAGGAGUGAAGGUGUUCCUGAUCUCAGGAGGCUUCCACUGCAUUGUGGAGCAUGUGGCGGCUCAGCUGGGCAUCCCAUCUCAUCACGCCUACGCAAACCGACUCAAAUUUUAUUUCAAUGGUGAGUAUGCAGGGUUUGACGAGUCCCAGCCAACAGCAGAGUCAGGGGGAAAAGGAAAAGUGGUUGCUCAUCUGAAGAGCAACUACGGUCUGCAAAGAGUCGUUAUGGUCGGAGACGGAACCACUGACAUGGAGGCGUGUCCACCGGCUGACGCUUUCAUCGGCUUCGGCGGUAACGUGGUGAGGCAUCAAGUGAAGGAGCGCUGCACGUGGUACGUGACAAGUUUCACCGAACUGGUGAAGGAGCUGGAGAAGACAUGA